AUGAAUCAAGAGAUUAAUAGGAUCUCCAACCAGCUCUCCAGAACUCUCAAGCUAGUUGAUGACAAGAUCAUUAAAAACAAUAGACUUGAAUGGAGACAAAUAAAGCUCACCCCACAGUUUUUGAAACAAAAGAUUAAUUACGCUGGAAAUUCGUACACUAGUGAUGAAGAAUUUAACUCAAUGGAGUCACUGUUCGAAAUCCAGGAACUCAACUGUCGAAAGUUGCAAGAGGAACUUAAAGUAUUUGCCGAUGCAGCUACGGAAAUGUUGAGAAAUUCUGAGUUGGUGGCUCUGGCUUUCCAAGAUAUUGCUGACCCUUAUAGUAACUUUAAGAACUCAGAGAACACCAUUGACGAUGCCUACGAUGCUUGGACCCAAACUAGUAAAUACAAACAUCUCAUUCUUGCUGUGGAGUUUACAGAGAAGUUGAGACUGUUUAUGAAUUUUGAAUAUAAAAAGUUAGACGAGGUGGGAAGCAUAUCAAAACUUGUCUCCAAAAGGAUUAGCACCAGACUUGUUUUCCUAUUGGACUAUGACAAACUAUACAAUGAACACGAGAUACUUUGUGAAAAGCAAGAGCGAGGAGAGCUCUCCUUGAAACAAAGCAAUAGCAUUUACUCAAUCAAACGAAGAAUUGAUGAUUGCAAAAUCAAGUAUGACAAUGUCAACUCCAUCCUAAAGUCAAGUCUUCCAAAAUUCUCAAGCUAUAUGAAGGAAAUCGUGGUUUCAAUCCAAAUCAAAUUCCAAUUUCUAAAUUACGACUUUUUUGAAGAUGUUGUUGGGAGGUUGAAGCAAUUGCACUCGAUUCAGGAAACAAGCGACAUCAUAACCCACUUCAAAGACAAAAAUGACCAUAUCUUUACCAAAAUCGAGAGAUUGUCCAUCAUCUCGUUGAAUCGUUCCAUCGACUACACUAAAUCAAUACCCGAAGCAAAUUUGGGUUUCUGCUAUGCUUUGUAUGACUUUGCUGGAGUUCAACCAGGUGAUUUGUCGUUUAAAAAGGGAAACAGAAUCAAGAUUUUGGAACGCACCGGCGAUUGGUGGGUUGGGAGUACAAAAGGUCAACAAGGUUCAUUUCCAAGCAACUAUGUGAAGCUUGAAUAA